AUGCCCUCUUCGAGGACUGGGAGAGAUACCAUUGCGAAUGGACAUGUCACGACGGAAGCCCGUCUGCUUCCAGCAUCGAACUUCGCUACACCUGCGGUCGAGGGGAGGUCAGAACAAGUGCUUUUAUCUCCAUCGCCGUUGGCUCCACAGCCUUCACAAUGUGCAGACAUUGACUCCUUGGUCAACGGAGUGGAAAUAAGCCCGCCGGUAUCUCCAAGCUCAAUUCCACCUUUGAAACCAGCUCCAGAUAACGUGGAUGAUGAAGUUCAAAUCACAGCAUUACCAGAGCUAUCGCUUGUCUAUGAGCCAGAGCGUUUGGGGAAUUCAGAGAGAGCAUUGGAAGAGCACACAUUUGCCAUGCAUCCUCAAUUAGCUUCAAUACCCGAGGAAACAACUGAAAAGAACGCGGAGGAAGAUCCCAAGAUCACACACUCUCGAGUCAAUUCGGUUUCAGCAUCGAUCACAACACCUUCAAAAUUACCAGAUGAGUCCUACAGAUCAGACCUGGCGGCGCGUAUAGAUACAGCGCCCUCAAUGUCAGCAGAAUCCCCAUUACAAGCUCAUGCAGCACCGCAAACCUUCCUCGAAGCUCAAUACAUUUCCAACCAUGUUAUACCCACAUCUUCAGAUACUCCGCCAUACUCAGAGGACCUGGGAGACUCAUCCUCCGUAGCCUCAACGGGCGGAGAAAGAAAUUCCGUAUUCGACGACGACUACUACUCCGACACUUCCAACUACACAGCAUCCCUCCUCUCCGACGUCAAGAAUUACGCCUACGAGAACGGACGAAGAUACCACUCCUACCGCGAAGGUCACUACGUCCUCCCCAACGACGAACAAGAACAAGACCGACAAGAUCUCCUUCACCACGUGCGCAACCUCGCUCUUAACGGUGCUCUCUUCCGUGCCCCAGUGGACAAAAACAUUCAACGAGCACUAGAUAUCGGCACAGGGACAGGAAUAUGGGCCAUCGACUUCGCCGAUUCCUUCCCCAGCGCCGAGGUAAUCGGCACCGACCUCAGCCCAAUCCAACCAUCCUGGGUCCCGCCCAAUCUCCAAUUCCUAGUUGACGACGCCGAAUCCCCCUGGCUGUACAGUGCUGGCCGCCCAUUUGAUUUCAUCCAUGCGCGCGACCUGGGUGGGGCCAUCGCUAACUGGCCGCGGCUGCUGCGCCAGGCCUACGAGCAUCUGCGUCCCGGAGGCUGGAUUGAAUUGCAGGAGUUUGAGGUAACACUUCGAUCGGAUGACGAGUCAUUGCGUCUGGCACCGACGUUGUGCGAAUUCCUCGGACAGCUGCAUGAGGCCAGUGAGGCGUUCCACCGACCUAUGAAUAUCGCCGAAGGACAUCGGCAACGACUGAUGGAGGCCGGUUUUGAAGACGUCAGAGAUGAGGUGUACAAGGUACGACAUGAUUUCAGGUGCUGA